CCUUCGGCUAGCUUUAGCUACAGUUGAAAUGAUCUUUGACAGUUGUAAACACCCAAACAACACAUGUGAAAAUUGUUUUGCUUCACUCAUUGCUCCCUAAAUGUAGUGAAAUGCUUGCUAACCGCUGGUUUCGGCUGUGCUCUUUGUGUAGCCGUGUCGUUUACAGCGGCAGAGGAAGAAGAACAGGAGCAUGGAGGACACUGACAGGACACGCCAAUCUGAAACAUACUACCAUCAUAGAGGUGCAACACUGGGGUACAGUAAUACCAAAACGCCUCUGUCACAGUGAUUUGGGGGACUUGUACAAGAAUGCGUCUGUUCAGAGGUAUCUUCAGCAGCUUAUGGAGGAGUACAGAGACCUCAGUGAGAAGUUGCAGCAAGCACACCUCAGCGAGUCAGACAGAAAAGUCCUCAUGAAGAGACACACAGAGCUGCUGCCUCUGGCAAAUGUGUUUGAGAGUAUUGAACAAUCCCUGAAAGACCUUGAGGAAAUCCUUUCACUUCUGCAUAGUUCAGUUGGUACCAAAGAUGAAGAUGAACAACUGACCCAGCUGUUGAAAGAGGAGGACGCACAAAUCUCCUGCAAGAUUUUAGCCUUAAGAAAAGAUUUGAUCAAAGCUCUUGUGCCCACUGACCCUCUUGAUUCCAGUAAUAUUCUGCUGGAGGUUGUAUCAGGACGGACAACAGGAGGUGACAUCUGUCAACAGUUCACCAGAGAAAUGUUUGACAUGUAUCAGGGUUUUGCCUCUUACAAGAACUGGGUCUUUGAGGUUUUGAACUACACUCCUGCUGACUAUGGUGGUUUGCACCAUGCAGCUGUUAGAAUAGCUGGGGAGAAUGUGUACAGACAUCUGAAGCAUGAAGGAGGAACACACCGGGUGCAGAGGAUCCCUGAGGUGGGCCUCUCCUCCAGGAUGCAGCGCAUCCACACUGGAACCAUGACUGUCAUUAUCCUGCCUCAGCCAGUGGAGUUUGACGUCCACAUUGAUCCAAAGGAUCUUCGCAUCGACACAUUCCGAUCUCGAGGUGCCGGGGGUCAAAGCGUCAACACAACAGACAGCGCAGUGCGCAUCGUUCAUCUUCCCACUGGUAUAACUGCUGAGUGUCAGCAGACUCGCUCUCAGCUGCAAAACAGAGACACCGCCAUGCGUGUGCUGAAGGCCAGACUCUACCAGAGCAUGAUGGGUAAAGAGACGGAGAACAGGCAAACGGCACGGAAGCAGCAGGUGGGCACACGCUCUCAAUCAGAGAGGAUUCGUACCUACAACUUCAGCCAGGAUCGUGUCACUGACCACAGGACUGGAUACAUUACGAGAGACAUUAAGGAGUUCAUGAGAGGAGGGGAGGAUCUCCACGAUCUGAUCUGUGACCUACUGGAACACGCAGAGAUGGAGGCUCUUCUGGAGGUCGUGGAGAGCAGCAAACCACCAGAGUCUGGACAAUCUGCAGAGCGACACCCGCCACAGUUAGUGCACUGAUCAUAGUCUGUCAUUUGAUGGAUGCAUUUCUCCAAUGUGUCUUCCAGUAAAUUUACUGCAGAGGUAUUUAUUUUUGUAAUAAAAUAUUCAAUUAUGUAUUUUGUGUUAUGGCAAUUUCCUCAAUAGUGCUACACAAUAAAUGAGUAAUAUUUAUUUCUAGAUUUAUCGUUUAAACUGCAGAAAAAAUAAAAUAUACUUUCCUACUACCAUUGAGCAAGUUAAAAGCUGUACAUAUCAACUGAAAUGUUAAAACACACAUCAGUACAUAUUGCUAAAGCCAAAUAUAUCACCAAAUUAUCCCAAUAUUUGUUUUGCAUUUGUGCUCUAAGUGGGAAUUUGUUUGUCGUAAUCAAACCUGUUACCCUGGAACAGUUUCUAACAUGAAGUUCCAGCGCAGUUGACUUUUCACACUGAAUGUAAACAGACCUCGGCGCUGUUUAUUGUUGGCAAGUAUUCUCUGUGGUUCUUUGCCAAUC